AUGGUAAUUUCGGUUAACCCUCGCUUGCUCCUACCUUCCAAGUCUAUCUUGGCACAUGCUAGAAAACAUAAUCGGUCAGCCAUCUUUGAAUGGGAUGAAGAGAAAGAAGGAUGGUAUUGGCAUGGUGGCGAUUAUCCUCCCGGUUGGGAGAAAAAGGUUAAAGUGACAAACAUUCCUGCAGCAAGUAAGAAAGCUCCUGCUAAGCUUAAAUUUGCCAGUAAAUCCAAGCCUGCUACUCCAUUGCCACCUACAGGUGCUCCCCUUGCCAGCAGAACCCGAGGUAGCAAAAGGAAGACAACUCUUCAUCCUGUGCUUGCUGAGCGGAGGUCUAAGCAUAAGGAGGACUUGUCAGUCACCCAUCCUAUUCUACUUAAUGAGCCAGAGUUUGAGGAGGAGCCCGAACCUCUCUCCGUAUAUCGCCCUACUGCCAAGGAGAUCUCUGCCUCCAUGGUUGUACCCAUGGAGGGCUUUUUUGAUGGUGCCGAUGUGGCAUUUGCAACACCUGCUCCUUCUACUACUGCGCAUAAGAUUCCUGCCAAAGCUUCUACCCCUUCCACCGAGCCGAUACCCAGAGAAGAAGGUACUCAUACUGAAGAGGUUGGUGAGACUACACCUCUUUCUUUUGAGACACCUGCUCCUCUAGAAAGAGCCAUUUCUCCUGCUGUCGUUCAGAUCAAGACCACUUCCUCUAUUCUGCCACUUGUUAUUUCCACCAAUGACCCUUUUGCGACUCUCUCCCAGGCUACAAAGGACGGUUCUUCUCUGGUUGUUACUCCAUCCUCCAUUCCCAGUUCUGCUACACGUGGUCUUGACACAGACUUAUCCUCUGCGGGGUUUGAUGACAUUCUUAAGGAUCCUAAUGAUGUGCCUAUCCUGAAGAAGAGGAUUUCUAAUUUUGAUGAAGAGGAGAGUGCUCCACCCGAGCCUGAUUUUAUGGAGACUUUUGAGGGGCCAGGAGUCGCAGCAGGCGUAGGGAUGCCUGCUCCUGUCAUACCUAUAGUGCCCAUUCCUGCCACACCUUCUGCAUUUGUUUCUGCCGUACCCACUGCACCUGUUUCUGCUGUACUCACAAUGCUUGUUUCUGCCAUACCUGCAGCCCCCAUUCCUGCUAGCCUCAGUCCACUUCCCACUACCCCUUCCCAAUUUGAGGUGGGCACUAGUUCUGCCACCAUCCCAGACCCUACGAAUGAAGUUGCAGCCUUCUUCACCCGCUUUGAUCAGCCUGAGGUUAAUGACCUGGGCCCUGUAGACUUUUGGGCUUCUGGUCCUCUUUACGUGGAUUUUUAUGGCUUCUGA